AUGGGGAAUAGUUCUAGCGAGGAGACUCGCUACACUUAUACGGAUAACACGAACGAAGAAAGGCGAAGAGCAGAGGAGACAGAGGCAAGACGGCUGGAGAAUGAACGAGAGCAACGCGAAAAAGAAGAGAGAGAACGUAUAGAAAAAGAAAAGCAACAGGAGGAAGAGAGGCACAGAGAGAAACUCAGGCGACAGCGACAAAAGGAAAGAGAGGAAGAAGAAAAGAGAAGAAAAGAGGACGAACGGAAAAGGCGGGAUUUGGAGGCCGAACUUUGCCGACUUCGGUUUCAGUUGCAAAUGUACCAAUUUGGUGACAAGAUUAAACUGGAUAGUUUCCUAGGACUGGAAAUUGAUGAUGUAACCCAGCUCAGGAUCGGUGUGUUUGGCCCCGCCGGUUCAGGGAAGAGUUCCUUCAUCAACACAGUUGAACGAGUGGUGAGGCAAACAGAUAAGGGUACCGUCCCAUGCCAUCACGGAGGAAGUGAGGGAACCAUUAUACUCCAGGACUACCUGCCAGAGUUAUUCUUUCACUUGGUGGACACCCGGUGUUUCCUCAAUUUCAACUCUGAUGAGAUGAUCAUGUUUCAAAAUGUUCUGAGCGGGAAAGUUCAGCCUGGUGAAAUCAUCGCUCGCGAUAGAACAGAUCAAGUUAGCAAACAAGAAAUGCAUCGAUGCCCAAACUUUGGACAAAGACUGCAUGGCGCUAUUGUUGUUUUAAAAGCCAAGGACCCAAGACUGAACGACGGGGCUAUGAGGGACUACUUGAACCCAAUUCGAAGUAUCCUGUGUAAAAGUGGUAUUGCACCAAUCACUGUGGUUACUCGCUGCGACCAACUGAAAAGUGAAAAAGAGAAGGAGAAGACUUGGGAGAAUGCAUAUCUAGCCACCAAUAGCUCGCCAAGUCAUACAUUCUUGACGUGGAACUACACAGAAGACAACAGUGAACGAAACCCGGAAAUAGAGCGAAUAAUAUUCGACAUCUUGCACUAUACUCUGAUUACAGCAGAAAGAGCUGUGAGGCAAAUGAAGAAUCAGGAGAGAAACAAAAGGGAAGAUGAAAUGAUGAAGGCGCUGAAGGGCAUGUCAGUCAGUAGACAAGUGGCACCCGACUCUCCCGACGCUUUAGUAGAAGUGUUCCUACGCUUUCUCCAAAAGGAAUACAGGUGGAGCACAACUAACAUUGAAAGGAUAUCGAACCAGUUAGUCAAAGAUGACGUAACAACUGUAAAUUUGCUUGCAAAGUGUUGGAGUCAUGUUCAACACUGCUUUCCCGGUGGCAUGAGCAGAAUAAUGGAGAAAGAGCUGAGAAAACGAGGGAUGCUAACUUAA